AUGGAGUCACCUACAAGUGAUCAGAUACUCAAGCUAUCUGUGUUUGAUUCGAAUGGUGAUAGGAAAGAAGGGUUACCAGGUGGCUCUUUGAGAAGAGAUGGUAAAAUUGUUCGGCAGUCUUCCUCAUCUUGGGUUCAAGAUUUUAUUGAUCCCUUGCCUACUGAUAAGGAAGAACGUAUUAGAAAAGCAAUAGAAUUUAUGCAAGUUGAAUCUUCAGUAAAUGUAGAAGGUCGAAAUUCUAAGAAACAUUCAAUUAGACAGAUUGCUUUGGUUUUCCAAAUACCGAAAUCUACACUUUACGAUAGAUUAAAAAGUAAUAGUAAUAGUACAAACAAAAAUGCUGGUAAUACUGAUAAACUAGGUGAUAUAAACUGUAGUUCUGGAUCAGUUGACAACGGCAAUGUUAAUGCUAAAAGGCGGAAAGUUGGCAGUAGAUCCAUUGUUAGUACUACUGGUGGUUCUGCUGCUAACUCUCUGAGGUCACAUGCCCAACAGAUGAAACUUAGCGUAGAGAGAGAAGAGUUAUUAAUAAAUCAUAUCAGGAAUAUGAAUCAUGCUUUGGGUAAUACAAUGAAGACUAGUAAAUUAAAGGAAUUCAUAUUUUCUCUAACUGAAGAUAUUUUUUUGGGGAAAAAAUGGGUACAAAAUUUCAUUAAAAGAAAUGAACAUUCUAUCAUAUAUGGGUCGGUAAAUAGUCAACAUAAUAUUCAAAUUUCGAAUUUAAAAAAUUCAAUUAACAACUUCGAAUUGUUGUGGGACUGUUUCCUACCUUUAUACAAAGAAACUAUAAAUGGACUAAAACAACGUAAUGAACCUUUUUACCUCAUUGUUAAGUCAUGCAUUCACGAACAAAGUAUGUCAAGUUUAUUUACUUGUUUAAAAAUAUCACCAGUAGAUUUCGAAAUAGAAUUGAUUGGCACACCUUUAGUUGUACUCUUUGCAGACUACUAUGGUAAGAAUAUCAACGUUGUUUCGGUAGACAAUACAGAUAACACUGAAAAUACUUUGAAGAAAUCAAAAACAUCUAAAGAUGAUAAGUUGAAAAAAGAAUUCAAGUUAGAUAAAUUAAAUGAAACUUUCAAGUCUAUAUAUUCAAAUUGCGUAUCUUUACAUGAAGAUAACGGAACUGCAAAUGUACCAAUGGUAUUUUUUGAAGGAUUUCAACUCAAUUACAAUUGGGAGCCAUUGCAAUGUAAUGAGCUGGUUACAAGUGGGAAAUUUAUUUCAUUCCCAUGGAAUCAAUCUAUCACACGAGAUGAAAUAGUGGCUUUGUAUAAUGAGCAGAUGAGCACUACGUUAGAAACUCAAACAACUUUUGACAACGCUACUAAUUUCAAAGUAACAGGAAUUGAACUAAAUACCAGCAACACUUUUACUUUUGAUAAAAUCAGAGACAUCUUACUAAGGCUAUACGACUCAACUGAGAGAGUGCGGAUACCAAUUACUUCACAACAACUUUCACAACCUAAUGUAGAAAUCUCAAAUCCCGACGAUGCAUCGGUCAAUGGAGAUGAGAUAAGGGAAGAAGAAAGCCUGGAUAGAAGGAGCCGAAGUGACGCUAGCAGUGAUCAUGAUACAAAUAUUGACACUACUAUUACAAUCUCAAAUAAGCAAAAUAUCGAUAAUCAAUUCAUUAACACAACAAUCACAUCAAAUAUUUUUGAAGACGAUACAUUAAAUCAAUUACAAAAUGUCAUAGGCAUAAUUGAAGACAAUGAAUCACAACUAUACCAAAAUAUAAACAAUACAGCAUCAAAGGAACUACUAAUGGAGAUAUUUAACAAAAUCAAAGGCAUAAUUUCAUAG